AUGAUCGUUCUGAGAUGCCGCUUAGUUUUCGUGCAGCAGGAGCGGCCACUCGCGCCCUUUGAAGGAGGAAGUACCCGUUCGGUAGCACCCAUAUGGUGUGCUGUGGUGCGCUGUGGCACUCGGCGGUCGUUCCGUGUUCAGAUAAAGACAGGAGGAGGACGCAGUGGUGGCAGCGGUGGUGGUGGUGGUGACAAGGGGGAGGGGGAAGAGGAGGACGAGGAGGAGGGUGAGGAGGAGGAAUUGGGGAAAGACGGCGAGUAUAUCCCAGAUGAGAUUGCAGAUGAUGAUGAGGAUGAAGAGAGGGAUGAAGGGGAGGAGGAGGGGGAAGAUGAGGAGAUGGAGGGAGGGGAGGGUUGUGGUGGUGGUGGUGGUGGCAGCAGUGGGAGGAGGAGUGGGCAACAGUCGGGGAAACGUGGUGCAGAAACGCAGCAGCAGCGGGGGAGCAAGUGGGGGAGGGGGAUGGAGUUGGGAGCGGUUGGUGCUGGUGACAAGGACGAGGAGCUACAGAUGGUGAGUGGGUUUCUGAGAUGGUUGCCUUAA